GCACCAGCGCCAGAGGAUCAGAGUCCGAUAUCGCGAAAACAAAGAGACGUCGGCCCGGAAGAAGAACCGUUCGAAUCCCCAAUUUCUGUUCUCAAAAUGUCGAAACUGCAUCAGACGCAGCAGAACUUCUACGUCCACUUCCGGACAGCGCGGGCUGCUAUCGAGGCACUCAUCACCACCGAUCCAGUGCCGGAUCCGCCCACCGACCUCCUCGAGUCCGCCGAAUCCCGGCUCGCCUCCCUGCGCUCCGAUGUCGCAAACGCAAAAGCUUACCUGGCUCCCUACGACCAGCGCACCUACUCUACCCAACUCGACCAGCUCACCGCAGACUACGACGCCCUCCGCGCAAAACUCGCGCCCACCGCCUCCUUCUCCUUCUCGAGCCGGUCCCGCAAACCGGGCGAAAACGGCAGCGUCAGCUCAGACUCGGCCCAGUCCGAGACCCCCUCGGCGCGGCCGUCUCUGGCCGAGUCCUCGUCCUGGACCUCGUCCGAGUCCACACACACCACACUGUUAUCAACAACCCCCACCACAGUAAAGGACUCGCGCCUGCCGCCCUCCGUCUCGACCUCGGUCUACCAGAUCCGCAACCAGCUCUCCAAGUUCGUCGUCGCCGCGCCCCUGCCGAGCGCAACCAGUCUCCUCGUCAGCGGCAUCGAGGACUGCGUCGUCUACAUCCCGCCGUUUGUAAAAGUCAGCUCGGUCCAGGUCAUGGACUGCGCAAACUCGGUCCUCAUCUUCGCCGGCGUCAUCGACGGCCCGAUCCACCUCACCCGCGUCGUCACAUGCUCGCUCGUCGUCCGCGACGCGCUCCAGUUCCGCAUGCACGACUCCACCGACUCUGACAUCCUGCUCGGCUCCGGCAUCACCUCCGCCAUCAUCGAGAAAUCAGACGAGCUCAUCUUCGCGCAGGCGACCUUCGACUCCGACUCCGACGACAAGCUCAUGUCCGCCGUCUCCCCUUACACCGGCAAGGUCGACGAUUUUGACCACCCUGCAUUGCCCGCCUCGCCGAACUGGAACACGAUCGACGACGACUCGACCACAAAGUUCACCGAGAAGGAUUUCAAGACCAUCGUCGAGAUUGCAAACACCGCAGGAUCAACAACCACAACCGCGCUCUCGGCAGACGCGCUGCGGAUAAAGCGGAAAGCUCUCUCGAGAGGAUUUGAUUUCGACGAUUAGUUGUUGUUUUUUUUUUGUUAUGAAAGAAAUUGCAAGGAUACUUUGUUUAUUAAUCUUUAGUCUGUCUUUUGGCCUACCUUAUAUCAAGAUCUUUGGGAUUUCCACUUGUUUCACUUAAUCCAUCUUUAUCUGUACCCGCUAUCUUUUCAUCUGUUUCUCUUUCCUUGUAUUCUCCUUUGUCUUCACCUUUGUCUUCUUUACCUUCCUCCCGUCUUUCGCCGCCUUCUUUAUUUCCUCUUUCCUAUGUCGAUUUCCGUAAAUGGAGUGGAGUUUUGUGCCUUUGCCCUUCUUUUCCCUUUUCUUUUCCUUUUUCCCUCCUCCUCUCCCUCUUCUUCUACUUAUCUUGUUAUUUAGUACUUGUUUAUUAGAGUAUUUGAUUUGUCCCAUACUUGCUAAUGACAUUCGAUCGUUCACACAU